AUGGCGAUAGGCACAUGGAGAGUAGCAGGGGGGGACAGCAGGGCGGGCGGAGGAAGCACAUGGAGAGCAGCAGGGGGGGGCAGCAAGGCGGGCGGAGGAAGCACAUGGAGAGCAGCAGUGGGGGGCAGCAGGGAGGGCGGAGGAAGCAUAUGGAGAGCAGCAGGGGUUGGGCAGCAAUACAGGCGGAGGAAGCACAUGGAGAGCAGCAGGGGGGGGCAGCAAGGCGGGCAGAGGAAGCACAUGGGGAGCAGCAGGGGGGGCAGCAGGGCGGGCGGGCACAUGGAGAGCAGCAGGGCUGGCGGAGGAAGCACAUGGAGAGCAGCAGGGGGGGCCAGCAGGGCGGGCCCCUCUGCUUCCCUGCUACCCUCCUUUCCCCCGCCCCCCUCCGCCCUCCCCUCCUACGACACUCGAGACAUCAACCAUCUUCUCUGCAUUACCUCCUUUCUGUGCAUCGUCACACCUCCCCUUCCUGUUUCACCAAUGCCCAUCUUCCUUCUGCCGCCCCCUCCCUUAUCGCCUCCCAUCUUCCUCCCUUGUCGCCUCCUAUCUUCCUCUGUGCCCCUCUCCCCCUCGUCCCCUACCGGCAGGCCACAGCACCACGGCGCACCUGCUGACGUGGACGUUCUAUCUUCUGGCGAAGCAUCCCGACUGGCACGAGCGGCUGCGAGCAGAGCUCAAGCAGGCGCUAACUCAGCAGGGGGGCACAGGCCACGUCAGCAGUCCCCACCGCCAGCACGGAAGAAGGAGCACCAGACAAGGCAGGGUCAGAGGCAGGUGGAGGAAACCACGAAGGGAGAAGCCAAGGGGGGUCUGGAGGGGAGGGAUUGGGGGAGGGACAGGAGGGAGGACAGGAGGAAGGAGAGUGAGAAGGAGGAGCGCGAGGGGAAGGCGAGAGAGGAGGAGGGGGGGCGGGUGACAUAG